AGUGCGUCAACGUCGAGGCUUGACGAAGGCUUUAGGAGGCUGCCUGAUCCAAGGCGCUACCGCAGCUACUCAUUGUGCGGCCAUCGGACGCUCAAAGCCAUCCAAUACCGUCGCAGACGACUCAGCUUCCGGUGCAUCCGACGGCCUCGCCUCGUUCGCAAACCUGCUCACGGUCACCGACUCUGCCACCACCCUUACGGCGGCACCGCAUCUCACCCAACCUUCGAAGUCAAGCAGGGUACCGACUAGUCAAUUCUAUGGUGAGGGACGACAUGGCGCUCUUCACUAGCUCUAUACCCAACCUGCAGACGCUAUGAAGGCGCGCUGGCGAGGGCGCGGGUCCUCCCAAACCCAAUGUCUAGGUCUGCCAUUUUCCCCUCGCGGCGCAACGAAAGGCCAAAUCGGCUAUCCUUCUCGUUCUCACACAGGAGACGUACAAGCAACAUGCCCAGUUCACCUGGCGUUGCCGUACCGCUACCUCGUCCUUUACCCCCAGCGCGAACGACAAGGCUAACGAGGCAAGCACCAGUAGCGGUAUCGCCUCUGGCGCCGAUGCUAGCUCAUCACAUCCGCCAACGUCCAAGGCAUAUGUCAUGGCGAGCACUUGACUCUUCACAACGGUGGUCACGGCUUGAAGACGUAACUUCGCGCCCAUCUGACCCUUGUGCAAGCCGACGAGGAGACAGAGAAUUGGCAAAGAGUAGCCUUGGCGUACAACGACCUUUACGUCGGUACGCAGAAGGUGAUUGUUGUCAGCCCUCACGAGUAGCACAAACGCCUCUAGGAUCCUUCUCCCCCAUCUGCCCGCAAUGGCUUCGUCAAGACUCUCAUAUGCUGAAGGAGGUCGAUGGCGACCCUGAGCUUUGGCUUCGAGCCGUCUUCGCAUACCUCGACCUGAUCAGUGGGACCCAGAUAGUGCUGGGCGUGGGCCCUCACCGCUGGCACGAGCAUCUGUACAGGCUAUCCGAGUCCUCUGGCUACGGAGACUGGGCCCGGACUCCUUUCUGGCAAGCCGUGACGGACGGCUUCUCUGGAGCGACGGCUGUCGCAGGCCGGCUCCUUGCGCAGCUCGAGGCCGAUCCUCGGGCCGUCAACAAGCUGGUCUGGUGGAAGAAGGUGCAGGCGGCUGCUCUCAAUGCUGGCUGCACUACGCCAGCAUCACUCGGCAAGAGCGAGCUCGCAGAGCGUCUGGCGACAUUGGAGAUGGGUGAAGAAGGGGUGGGGUGUGUGCACCUUGGCGUCGGCUUCCGAGGGGAGCGUCUGAGCCUAGACUAUACGGGACGCACAAAUGACGAGAUGCGCCGCAGCAUUCAGCAUCUCUUCGGCAUCUCUAAAGGCCAAGACUCAACCACAUUGUUCUACCAGGAAGGAGCCAAGUGCGACGAGGUUUUCAUCUUCCCGCUGCUGGAGCAUCGCGUCGACGCCAAAGGCGCCCGCUCUGUUCUUUGCCGAGCUGUCAUGGAGGGAGUCUGGUGCUUGCUUCUAGGGUCGAACGUGCGCAGGGAGAGCCUCAACAGCUACCGCUGCGACUAUGGCCUUCCCAAUCUCGGAGACGAGGUCUUCGGCUGCAAUGGUGAGUCGUGUGUCUUCGUGCUUGCGCCCACUCUGCAUUCUACUGAAAUGACCGCCCUUGCGAGCUCAGCGACCGUCUGCUUUGAGGUGCCCGAGGCCGAGGAGGGGGAUGACGAGGCCGCCAUGCAGGUACAAAAUCCAACGUACCGCAGGGCUCUGCGCCGCGUUAGGCUGCAGGAGGACUGCUUGGACACGCUCACGGGGCACAGAGACCAGGCCGCGGUGGAGAGGCAGGAGGUCCGGGUGACAGAGGCGCGCAGCACCUUCUACGAGGUAUACAAGCAGCUGAUGCGCUCAAGGAUGCUACUCUUCAAGCCUAAGCUCAACGACAACAACGAGCAUGGAGCUCCGUGGCUAGGCUUGAAAAUGCCCAAGGCCUUCAUUGCGGAGAUGCAGGGCAUCACUGGCGGUGAGAAGUUCUUUUUGGGUGUAGAGGUCGGGGAGGACAGCUCGGUCGGCUCAGCGAGCGAAGAAGACCGCCGCUUCUUCAAAAAUGUGAUGGUCACGGGUAGGUCCACCGACCCUGCCGAGACCAGGUCGGUCGUUUGGCGCAACGACAGCUGGCCCCUGUCGAAAAGCCGCCCGAGACUUCUUCACCCGCGCUGUCGACGCCCUCGAUGAUGCAGCGCUGCGCCAUGCCGCUCGCGAGCAGGCGCGCCAGGAAAUCGUAGCCCGAAGACCGCAAGGCUACGAGAAGGUCAGCAUUCUGGCGAGGAAGGGGUUCGAUGGUCGAUUCUGGCUCACCAGCAGCUUACAAAUCGAGCUCGAGAAUGGCAUGCGAAAGGUCACGCUGGGCAGAGGUGCAACAAGGAAUG